GGGGGAUCGUGUAAUCACGUGGCUGCCGCUCUCUACUACGCUUCACACAUUUGUGAGAAGAAGAUUGGUCUGACAGCAUGCACAUCCCAACCUUGCACAUGGAGUGUCCCAAAACGUAAAAGGCUAAUAAGCCCCAAAAAAGUGACAGAGACCACUUCGGCUACUUGAGCGAGAAAUACUUACAUCUCCAAUUGUAAAUUUUUCUCGCCUGCAUCACAAGCUCUCCUUGGCGGAACCUAAUUCAGGCUAUGUGUUAACAACAGCACAGUCCUCUGAGUUUCGUGAGAAAGUAUUUUUGUUGCCUGAUGUGGAAUACAAUUUUAAGGAUUCUGCAGACCUGAAAACUAAAACUUGUACGGAUAUUUUUGAAAAGUAUAUGCUCAAUCUUCCUAGUUUCGACAUCACUCGGAUUGAAAGAGAAACUAGAGGACAGGCAAGCAAUCCCCUGUGGAGAGCUAUUCACCAGGGUUGAUUAACAAGUUCAAGUUUUGGACAAAUAACUAUAAGAGGGAUAAAACUGCAGUGGAUAAUAUUUUAAAAGUAUUGGGCUACCGCAGUGUUCCUGUGUCCUCUGUAAAGUGGAAGAUCACAUGAAGCUGUUUCCAGAGUUGCUUAUGUUAAAAAUAUGCAAAAAGAGCACCCAGGUCUGCAAGUAGAGCACUGUGGACUCUUUAUGGAUAAGAAUAGUUUUUUGGCUGCCAGUCCAGAUGGCAUUGUAAUUUGUUGUAAUCAUUGUUUUCCAUCUGUGGGCUUGGUGGAAAUCAACGUCCCUUUCUUUACCCGCAGAGAUUUAACAGUGAAAGAGUCAUGUGAAAACAAAGCCUUCUUCUGUGCCAUAGAAAAUAAUAGUAUCGGGCUUAAACGUUCCCAUCACUAUUUCUGCCAAAUCCAAGGUCAGGUGGGCAUAACUGGCAAAAUAGGUAGAUUUUGUUUGGAAAUUAAAAGAUCUACACGUGGUAAGAAUCUAUUUUGAUGCCAUAUUUUGGUCACAUAUGCAGGACAAAUUAAAGCAGUUCUUUCUAGGUGUGGUACCUGAACUGUUUUCACGAGUGCAAAGAGGCAAGUCUCUUUAC